AUGAGUUUCCCUGAUGAGCAAAAAGUUGACUUCCAGUUAAGCUCCACCGCAGAAACGCGACGCGGUGUCUGCCCUAGUACCGAGGAGCCUCUCUGGGAAUCACCAGUAUCGACCCAAGAUGACGUGGAUCGAGCUGUAAGCGCUGCGAAAGCAGCAUAUCCUGCGUGGCGAAAGCUAUCAUGGGAUGAGAGCGCAAGCUACCUCGUCAAAUUUGCAGAUGCUAUUGAGACGCACAGGCAAGAGUUCAUCGACCUUCUAGGCCGUGAAGCUGGCAAACCGCCCCAGGCCGGUGGCUUUGAGCUUAUGCUUGUCAUGGAGCAUGUUCGAGAGACGCCGAAGCUGAGGGUCAAGGGAGACAAGCCCGAGGAUAAUGAAGAUAGAACAGCCGUUGUACGCUAUGUCCCUCUCGGAGUCGGCGUCGGCAUUGUUCCAUGGAACUUCCCCAUGUUGCUCGGCAUUGGAAAAGCAUACCCUGCCAUACUGGCCGGCAACACGUUUAUAUGGAAGCCAUCGCCGUAUACACCAUACUCAGCUCUUAAGCUUGCAGAGAUUGGAGCCAAAGUCCUUCCUCCAGGUGUAUUCCAAGCUUUGAGCGGCGGUGACGAUCUUGGACCUAUGUUGACUGCUCAUCCUGGUGUAGCAAAGGUGAGUUUUACUGGUUCUACCGAGACUGGCAAGAAAAUCAUGGCGGCUUGUGCUGCUACAUUGAAGCGUGUCACUCUUGAAUUAGUCGGGAAUGAUGCUGCGAUUGUUUGUCAAGAUGUCGACAUUCCUGCAGUCGCUGGAAGUGGCCAAAUCUGUAUGAACAUCAAGCGCAUCUACGUCCAUGAGAGUAUCUACGACAAGUUUGUUGCUGAAGUAGUCAAGUUCCUAGAAGCCCUCAAGACCGGCGACUUCACCGACCCUGAGGCCUUUUUUGGACCCAUUCAGAAUAAGAUGCAGUACGAGAAACUCCAGCGUCUCUAUAAGCAGGUCGAUAAGCAAGGAUGGAAGCGUGCCUUUGGCAACGUGUCAGCUACAACAUCGGGAAAAGGGUACUUCAUGCCCCCUGUUCUCAUCGACAACCCAACUGAAGAUUCAGAGAUCGUGCAAACUGAACCAUUUGGUCCAAUAGUCCCUGUUAUGAAGUGGAAGGCCGAAGACGAUGUCAUAUCCCGGGUUAACGCAUCAAACUAUGGUCUUGGGGCGUCUGUCUGGAGUAAGGACGUCGCUCGUGCUCGACGAAUGGCUGAGCAGUUGGAGGCUGGGAGUGUUUGGGUCAACACGCAUUUCGAGGUGGCGCCGAAUGUUCCGUUUGGGGGACAUAAACAAAGCGGUAUUGGCAUGGAUUGGGGAGAGGUCGGUCUCAAGGGAUGGUGUAAUCCUCAGGCUUACUGGGUGAAGCAUUCUGGAUGA